CGCGCGGCGCGCAGCGGACAGCAGCAGAGCCCGGAGGCGCCGGGCGCGGGCGCAAAAGCGAGCCAGGCGCCACCCCGCGGUCGCCGGCCACCCGCAGGGACAGCAGGUGCCUGCGACUUUAAUUGAAGGGCCGUCCCCUCGUCGAGGCUCCAGCACCGCCCCCCGGGUCCUUGCGCUUCAAAAUGAGUAGCUUCCACUCGCGGGCGGGCCAGAGUGCGGCGGGCGCGGCUCUGGGCAGCGGCGGCGCCGACUCUCGGGACGCCGAGAUGCCGGCCACCGAGAAGGACCUGGCGGAGGACGCGCCGUGGAAGAAGAUCCAGCAGAACACGUUCACGCGCUGGUGCAAUGAGCACCUCAAGUGCGUGAGCAAGCGCAUCGCCAACCUGCAGACGGACCUGAGCGACGGGCUGCGACUCAUCGCGCUGCUGGAGGUGCUCAGCCAGAAGAAGAUGCACCGCAAGCACAACCAGCGGCCCACCUUCCGCCAGAUGCAGCUCGAGAACGUGUCCGUGGCGCUCGAGUUUCUGGACCGCGAGAGCAUCAAGCUGGUGUCGAUCGACAGCAAGGCCAUCGUGGACGGCAACCUGAAGCUGAUCCUGGGCCUGGUGUGGACGCUGAUCCUGCACUACUCCAUCUCCAUGCCCAUGUGGGACGAGGAGGAGGACGAGGAGGCCAAGAAGCAGACGCCCAAGCAGCGGCUCCUGGGCUGGAUCCAGAACAAACUGCCGCAGCUGCCCAUCACCAACUUCAGCCGCGACUGGCAGAGCGGCCGUGCCCUGGGCGCCCUCGUCGACAGCUGUGCCCCAGGUCUGUGUCCUGACUGGGACUCCUGGGACGCCAGCAAGCCUGUGAACAACGCCCGCGAGGCCAUGCAGCAGGCCGAUGACUGGCUGGGCAUCCCGCAGGUAAUCACCCCCGAGGAGAUAGUGGACCCCAACGUCGACGAGCACUCCGUCAUGACCUACCUGUCCCAGUUCCCCAAGGCCAAGCUAAAGCCGGGGGCUCCCCUGCGGCCCAAACUGAACCCGAAGAAAGCCCGAGCCUACGGGCCAGGCAUUGAGCCGACGGGCAACAUGGUGAAGAAGCGGGCAGAGUUCACCGUGGAGACCAGGAGCGCCGGCCAGGGGGAGGUCCUGGUGUACGUGGAGGACCCGGCCGGCCACCAGGAAGAGGCCAAGGUGACUGCCAACAACGACAAGAACCGUACCUUCUCCGUCUGGUACGUCCCUGAGGUGACAGGGACACACAAGGUCACCGUGCUCUUUGCCGGCCAGCAUAUCGCCAAGAGCCCCUUUGAGGUGUACGUGGACAAGUCACAGGGUGACGCCAGCAAGGUGACUGCCCAGGGCCCGGGCCUGGAGCCCAGUGGCAACAUUGCCCAUAAGACCACGUACUUUGAGAUCUUCAUGGCAGGAGCAGGCACGGGUGAGGUGGACGUGACGAUCCAGGACCCCACGGGGCAGAAGGGCAGCGUGCAGCCCCAGCUGGAGGCCCGGGGUGACAGCAUGUACUGCUGCAGCUACCAGCCCACCAUGGAGGGCACACACACGGUCCACGUCACCUUCGCUGGCAUGCCCAUCCCUCGCAGCCCCUAUAGUGUCUCCGUGGGCCAAGCCUGUAACCCGGGGGCCUGCCGGGCCGUGGGCCGGGGCCUGCAGCCCAAGGGCGUGCGGGUGAAGGAGACGGCCGACUUCAAGGUGUACACGAAGGGCGCAGGCAGUGGCGAGUUGAAGGUCACCGUGAAGGGUCCCAAGGGUGAGGAGCGCGUGAAGCAGAAGGACCUGGGGGACAGCGUCUACGGCUUUGAAUAUUACCCCACCGUCCCUGGCACAUACACGGUCACCAUCACAUGGGGUGGCCAGAACAUCGCACACAGCCCCUUCGAGGUCAAGGUGGGCACGGAGUGUGGCAAUCAGAAGGUGCGGGCCUGGGGCCCCGGCCUGGAGGGUGGCGUGGUCGGCAGAUCGGCGGACUUCGUGGUGGAGGCCAUCGGGGAUGAUGUGGGCACCUUGGGCUUCUCGGUGGAAGGCCCAUCGCAGGCGAAGAUCGAGUGUGACGACAAGGGCGACAGCUCAUGUGACGUGCGCUACUGGCCACAGGAGGCCGGCGAGUACGCCGUGCACGUGCUCUGCAACAGCGAGGACAUCCGCCUCAGCCCCUUCAUGGCUGACAUCCGUGAGGCACCGCAGGACUUCCACCCAGACCGGGUGAAGGCCCAUGGGCCGGGAUUGGAGAAAACAGGCAUAGCCGUCAACAAGCCGGCAGAAUUCACGGUGGACGCCAAGCACGGCGGGAAGGCGCCCCUCAAGGUCCAAGUGCAGGACAAUGAGGGCUGCCCCGUGGAGGCCUCAGUCAAAGACAAUGGCAACGGCACCUACAGCUGCUCCUACGUGCCCAGGAAGCCGGUGAAACACACGGCCACCGUGUCCUGGGGGGGUGUCAACAUCCCCAACAGCCCCUUCCGGGUCAAUGUGGGUGCCGGCAGCCACCCCAACAAGGUUAAGGUCUACGGCCCCGGGGUGGCCAAGACGGGCCUCAAGGCUCACGAGCCCACCUACUUCACCGUAGACUGCACGGAGGCCGGCCAGGGAGACGUCAGCAUUGGCAUCAAGUGCGCCCCCGGCGUGGUGGGGCCGGCCGAGGCCGACAUCGACUUCGACAUCAUCCGCAACGACAAUGACACCUUCACGGUCAAGUACACGCCCUGCGGGGCCGGCAGCUACACCAUCAUGGUGCUGUUUGCUGACCAGGCCACCCCCACCAGCCCCAUCCGUGUCAAGGUCGAGCCCUCCCACGAUGCCAGCAAGGUGAAGGCCGAGGGGCCCGGCCUCAGCCGCACCGGUGUGGAGCUCAGCAAACCCACCUACUUCACGGUCAAUGCCAAAGCCGCCGGCAAGGGCAAGCUGGACGUCCAGUUCUCGGGCCCAGCCAAAGGGGACGCGGUGCGGGACGUGGAUGUCAUCGAUCACCAUGACAACACGUAUACGGUCAAGUACACGCCUGUGCAGCAGGGCCCAGUGGGUGUCAAUGUCACUUACGGAGGGGACCCCAUCCCCAAGAGCCCCUUCUCCAUGGGGGUGGUGCCAAGCCUGGACCUCAGCAAGAUCAAGGUGUCUGGCCUGGGAGAGAAAGUGGAUGUCGGCAAAGACCAAGAGUUCACAGUCAAGUCGAAGGGCGCCGGCGGCCAAGGCAAAGUGGCGUCCAAGAUUGUGGGCCCCUCGGGUGCCGCCGUGCCCUGCAAGGUGGAACCCGGCCUGGGGGCCGACAACAGCGUGGUGCGCUUCGUGCCCCGUGAGGAGGGGCCCUAUGAGGUGGAGGUGACCUACGAUGGGGUCCCUGUGCCCGGGAGCCCCUUCCCGCUGGAGGCCGUGCCCCCCACCAAACCUAGCAAGGUGAAGGCCUUUGGGCCUGGGCUGCAGGGUGGCAGGGCGGGCUCCCCGGCCCGCUUCACCAUCGACACUAAGGGCGCGGGCACGGGUGGCCUGGGCCUGACGGUGGAAGGCCCGUGUGAGGCCCAGCUCGAGUGCCUGGACAACGGCGACGGCACGUGCUCCGUCUCCUACGUGCCCACCGAGCCCGGGGACUACAACAUCAACAUCCUCUUCGCCGACACCCACAUCCCCGGCUCGCCCUUCAAGGCCCACGUGGCUCCCUGCUUCGAUGCAUCCAAGGUCAAGUGCUCGGGCCCGGGGCUGGAGCGGGCCACGGCCGGUGAGGCAGGCCAGUUCCACGUGGACUGCUCCAGCGCGGGCAGCGCCGAGCUGACCAUUGAGAUCCGCUCGGAGGCGGGGCUGCCGGCCGAGGUGCACAUCCAGGACCAUGGCGAUGGCACGCACACCAUCACCUACAUCCCCCUCUGCCCUGGCGCCUACACCGUCACCAUCAAGUAUGGCGGCCAGCCCGUGCCCAACUUCCCCAGCAAGCUGCAGGUGGCGCCCGCUGUGGACACCUCGGGCGUCCAGUGCUACGGCCCCGGGAUUGAGGGCCAAGGUGUCUUCCGUGAGGCCACCACUGAGUUCAGCGUGGAUGCCCGGGUGCUGACCCAGGCCGGGGGGCCUCAUGUCAAGGCCCGUGUGGCCAACCCCUCGGGGAACCUGACGGAGACGUACGUGCAGGACUGCGGCGACGGCACGUACAAAGUGGAGUACACGCCUUACGAGGAGGGCCUCCACUCCGUGGACGUCACCUACGAUGGCAGCCCAGUGCCCAGCAGCCCCUUUCAGGUGCCCGUGACCGAGGGCUGCAACCCCUCCUGGGUGCGGGUCCACGGGCCCGGCCUCCAGAGUGGCACCACCAACCAACCCAACAGGUUCACCGUGGAGACCAGGGGAGCCGGCACGGGGGGCCUGGGCCUGGCCGUGGAGGGCCCCUCCGAGGCCAAGAUGUCCUGCACCGACAACAAGGAUGGCAGCUGUUCCGUCGAGUACGUGCCCUAUGAGGCCGGCACCUACAGCCUCAAUGUCACCUACGGGGGCCACCAAGUGCCAGGCAGUCCCUUUAAGGUCCCCGUGCAUGAUGUGACCGACGCGUCCAAGGUCAAGUGCUCCGGGCCUGGCCUGAGCCCGGGCAUGGUCCGUGCCAACCUCCCUCAGUCCUUCCAAGUGGACACCAGCAAGGCGGGUGUGGCCCCGCUCCAGGUCAAAGUGCAAGGGCCCAAAGGCCUGGUGGAGCCAGUGGACGUGGUGGACAAUGCCGACGGCACUCAGACUGUCAGCUACGUGCCCAGCCGCGAGGGACCCUACAGCAUCUCCGUGUUGUAUGGGGACAAAGAGGUGCCUCGGAGCCCGUUCAAGGUCAAAGUGCUGCCGACGCACGAUGCCAGCAAGGUGAAGGCCAGCGGCCCUGGGCUCAACACCACCGGCGUGCCCGCCAGCCUGCCUGUGGAGUUCACCAUUGACGCUAAGGAUGCUGGGGAGGGCCUGCUGGCUGUGCAGAUCACGGACCCAGAGGGCAAGCCCAAGAAGACACACAUCCAAGACAACCACGACGGCACGUACACAGUGGCCUACGUGCCCGACGUGACGGGCCGCUACACCAUCCUCAUCAAGUAUGGCGGUGACGAGAUCCCCUUCUCCCCCUACCGUGUGCGGGCCGUGCCCACAGGGGAUGCCAGCAAGUGCACUGUCACAGUGUCAAUCGGAGGUCACGGGCUAGGUACUGGCAUCGGCCCCACCAUCCAGAUCGGGGAGGAGACGGUGAUCACCGUGGACGCCAAGGCCGCGGGCAAGGGCAAGGUCACCUGCACCGUGUGCACACCGGACGGCUCGGAGGUGGACGUGGACGUGGUGGAGAAUGCGGACGGCACCUUUGACAUCUUCUACACGGCGCCCCAGCCGGGCAAAUACGUCAUCUGCGUGCGCUUCGGCGGCGAGCACGUCCCCAACAGCCCCUUCCAAGUGACGGCCCUGGCCGGGGACCAGCCCAGCACACAGCCGCCGCUCCGGCCUCAGCAGGUGGCCCCGCCGUACGCCUAUCCCCAGGGCGGCCAGCAGACUUGGGCCCCAGAGAGGCCCCUGGUGGGAGUCAAUGGGCUGGAUGUGACCACCCUGAGGCCCUUCGACCUCGUCAUCCCCUUCACCAUCAAGAAGGGGGAGAUAACUGGGGAGGUGCGGAUGCCCUCAGGCAAGGUGGCCCAGCCCUCCAUCACCGACAACAAGGACGGCACCGUCACUGUGCGCUACGCCCCCAGUGAGGCUGGCCUGCAUGAGAUGGACAUCCGCUACGACAACAUGCACAUCCCAGGCAGCCCCUUGCAGUUCUACGUGGAUUACGUCAACUGCGGUCACGUCACUGCAUACGGGCCGGGCCUCAGCCACGGCGUGGUCAACAAGCCUGCCACCUUCACCGUCAACACCAAGGACGCGGGCGAGGGGGGCCUGUCGCUGGCCAUCGAGGGCCCGUCCAAGGCCGAAAUCAGCUGCACAGACAACCAGGACGGGACAUGCAGCGUCUCAUACUUGCCCGUGCUGCCCGGUGACUACAGCAUCUUGGUCAAAUACAACGAGCAGCACAUCCCGGGCAGCCCCUUCACGGCCAGGGUCACAGGUGACGACUCGAUGCGCCUGUCCCACCUGAAGGUGGGCUCGGCCGCGGACAUCCCCAUCAACAUCUCGGAGACGGACCUCAGCCUGCUGACGGCCACCGUGGUGCCCCCCUCGGGCCGGGAGGAGCCCUGUCUGCUCAAGCGGCUGCGCAACGGCCACGUGGGCAUCUCGUUCGUGCCCAAGGAGACCGGGGAGCACCUGGUGCAUGUGAAAAAGAACAGCCAGCACAUGGCCAACAGCCCCAUCCCCGUCAUGAUCAGCCAGUCGGAGAUCGGGGACGCCAGCCGUGUGCGGGUCUCGGGCCAGGGUCUCCAAGAAGGCCACACCUUCGAGCCCGCCGAGUUCAUCAUCGACACCCGGGACGCCGGCUACGGGGGGCUCAGCCUGUCCAUCGAGGGGCCCAGCAAAGUGGACAUCAACACCGAGGACCUGGAGGACGGCACGUGCCGAGUCACCUAUUGCCCCACGGAGCCCGGCAACUACAUCAUCAAUAUCAAAUUCGCCGACCAGCACGUGCCCGGCAGCCCCUUCUCCGUGAAGGUGACAGGCGAGGGCCGGGUGAAAGAGAGUAUCACGCGGAGGCGGCGGGCACCCUCGGUGGCCAAUGUCGGCAGCCACUGCGAUCUUAGCCUGAAGAUCCCCGAAAUCAGCAUCCAGGAUAUGGCUGCCCAGGUGACCAGCCCGUCGGGCAAGAUCCACGAGGCCGAGAUCAUGGAGGGUGAGAACCACACCUACUGCAUCCGUUUCGUGCCCGCCGAGAUGGGCACUCACACGGUCAGCGUCAAGUACAAGGGUCAGCACGUGCCUGGGAGCCCUUUCCAGUUCACCGUGGGGCCCCUGGGGGAAGGCGGAGCCCACAAGGUCCGGGCCGGGGGUCCCGGCCUGGAGAGGGCUGAAGCCGGGGUGCCAGCCGAGUUCAGCAUCUGGACCAGGGAGGCUGGGGCCGGGGGCCUGGCCAUUGCCGUGGAAGGGCCCAGCAAGGCUGAGAUCUCCUUCGAGGACCGCAAGGAUGGCUCCUGUGGCGUGGCCUACAUGGUCCAGGAGCCAGGUGACUACGAGGUCUCGGUCAAGUUCAACGAGGAGCACAUCCCCGACAGCCCCUUCGUGGUGCCCGUGGCCUCUCCGUCGGGCGAUGCCCGCCGCCUCACUGUUUCUAGUCUUCAGGAGUCAGGGCUAAAGGUCAACCAGCCAGCCUCUUUUGCAGUCAGCCUGAACGGGGCCAAGGGGGUGAUUGAUGCCAAGGUGCACAGCCCCUCGGGAGCCCUGGAGGAGUGCUAUGUCACCGAGAUCGACCAAGAUAAGUAUGCCGUGCGCUUCAUCCCGCGGGAGAACGGUGUCUACCUGAUCGAUGUCAAGUUCAACGGCACCCACAUCCCCGGCAGCCCCUUCAAGAUCCGAGUUGGGGAGCCUGGGCAUGGCGGGGACCCAGGCCUGGUGUCUGCCUACGGAGCGGGCCUGGAAGGCGGCGUCACAGGGAGCCCGGCCGAGUUUAUUGUCAACACGAGCAACGCGGGAGCAGGUGCCCUGUCGGUGACCAUCGAUGGCCCCUCCAAGGUGAAGAUGGAUUGCCAAGAGUGCCCCGAGGGCUACCGGGUCACCUACACGCCCAUGGCCCCCGGCAGCUACCUCAUCUCCAUCAAGUACGGUGGCCCCUACCACAUCGGGGGCAGCCCCUUCAAGGCCAAAGUCACAGGGCCCCGCCUGGUCAGCAACCACAGCCUCCAUGAGACCUCGUCGGUGUUUGUGGACUCCCUGACCAAGGCUGCCAGUGCCCCGCAGCACGGGGUCCCGGGCCUGGGGCCCACGGACGCUAGCAAGGUGGUAGCCAAGGGCCUGGGGCUGAGCAAGGCCUACGCUGGCCAGAAAAGCAGUUUUACGGUUGACUGCAGCAAAGCAGGCAAUAACAUGCUGCUGGUGGGGGUGCACGGCCCACGGACGCCCUGCGAGGAGAUCCUGGUGAAGCACAUGGGUAGCCGGCUCUACAGCAUCUCCUACCUGCUCAAGGAGAAGGGGGAGUACACGCUGGUAGUCAAGUGGGGCGACGAGCACAUCCCGGGCAGCCCCUACCGUGUCACGGUGCCCUGAGGGGCCCAGCCCCAUCCCACCCCACCCCACCUGCCGGGCCCAGCCGGCAGCUCCCACGACGAGAAGUGCCCCUGCACCUGCCCCACCCCUGCCCGAGCAGCCCCCCUCUCCCACCCCCUGGCCCUGGGCCCCGGCCUGAUCUGACCGUCCCGUCACUCCAGGGCCCCCACCCCGCGCUCUCACCGGCCUCGCCCAACCCGCGGCCUCGCAGCUUUCACUUGGGAGAAGGGGAGAGGCGAGAGAAGGGUUCCAGGAGGGGUGAGGAGUGGGGUGGGGGUGUCCUUGCACGACCACCUGCUAGUUCUCUUCCCCAGCCGAGAGGAAUAAAGUUCUGCUUCCAUUA